AUGACGAUGAAUAUAUUGUUCUUUAUCUUUUGUUUGGUGACUAAUCAUAUUCAUAAUGUUGGUGCUAUUGAAGAUAGAUUGAAGGAAGAUGUGAAGCUUAGUAUUAAUUCUCCUGUCAAAACUAUUCAUACAAGUUUUGGAGAUAUUGUGGAUUGUGUUCACAUUUACAAACAACCAGCUUUUGAUCAUCCACUGCUAAAAUACCACAAAUUGCAGUUGAAACCCAACCUUGAAAUCGAGAACACAACUGAGAAUAGUUCAGAAAUUGAAGUCAUGUUUGGACUUGACGAAGAGAAUUGUCCAGAAGGAACAAUCCCUAUUCGUAGAUCAACAAAAGAUAAUCUCACUCAAAAACAAAAUUCAUCAAAUGAUCAUAUAUUGAUGCAGGGCAUCCCUGGUAUUCAUCUUGCAGAAGUAUCUCCGAGGCCACGUCUUGGUCCUUAUUAUAAAGUUAGUGGAACAGCUAGUAUUUAUAAUCCUAUAAUUCGUAAAAAAGGUCAAAUUUCUAUGACUCAUAUUUGGGUCGAGAAGGGAUCUGGAGAUGCUCUCAACAAAAUCUCUGCAGGAUGGCAUGUGCAUCCAGAAUUAUAUGGUAAUGAUCCUGCAACCCGUCUCUAUAUUACAUGGACGGCAGAUAAUUACAUAAAGACAGGGUGCUAUAACCUUAAAUGUCCAGGUUUUGUUCAAGUUAACAAAAAUAUUUACCUUGGUGGACCUUUUUCCCGUGUUUCUACAUACGGUGGACAAACUUUUGAGCUUUCCAUUUCUAUUACACAGGAUCCAAGUACGAAAAAUUGGUGGGUAAAAUCUGGAAUUACAAAUAUUGGUUAUUUUCCAGCACCGUUGUUCAAGAAUUUGGAUUCGGCAUACAUAAUAGGUUGGGGUGGAAGAACAAAGGUUGAUAUUAGUCAUUCUAGUCCUGCAAUGGGAUCUGGACAUUUUCCUGAUAAAAUCAGUAAUCAUGCAUGCUAUUUUAGAUCUAUGUUGAUUCAAGAUUCAUCAAGAAAUGAUUUUGCACCUAAAAUUGAUCAAACUGUAUCCUUCACUGACAACAGUAAAUGUUAUGGUGUUGAUUACUAUGGAGAUCAAGGAGGGGAUUUUGGAAGUGUUGUUCAAUUUGGAGGACCCGGGGGUGAUUGUGGAAAUUAA